GCAAGCACAACUCGACGACGCGCCAGCAGUUUGUUGCGAAUUGUUACGCCUCUGCUCAGGUUAGGGGCGCACGAAGAAUCUCUGCGACCGGUGCAAGCGGCCGACGCGAGACGCAGCCGCGGCUUGCACGUCCACGCCACCCUUUGCAACUCCUGCUGCAGCACACCACCAAAGCAAGCAAGCGCGAAGCCGAACAGCGCACCACAGAGCGCUUUGGCACCUCCAGCAAGCCGCCACCCACGCGCACGUAGACGAACCGCGUAACCAUGCGCACGCUCAUCCUCACCCUCGUCGGCCUCUCGACGCUCGGCGAGCUCGCCGCCCUCGCGGCGCCGCCUUCAUUAAGGAGGCACCACAAGCACCUCGCGCCAAUGCAACACCCGUCCCUGAGAGUUAGGGGAGGCCACGCGCCACCGCUCGAGGCCGGCGUCGAUACCGAAUUAGCGAGCAAGGUCCUGAAGACAGCCAUGCAGAAGGCCUUCAAGGGCGGCGUGACCGGUUCGAUUGCGGGCGUCGCGCAAGUCUUUUCGUUCAUGUGGCUGCGGACGGCCAUGAAUUAUCAAUAUAGACACGGCGGCACGUUACCAGACACGUUAAAAAAACUCUACAAGGAUGGGGGUAUACGACGGUUCUACCGCGGGCUGCCCUUCGCGAUCUUCCAGGGCCCGAUGUCUCGCUUCGGGUCAGCGGCCUCAAAUACAUUAGUACUGGGCCUGCGCGAUGCUGAUGUGUGGGGUUUACACGCGUAUCCUCUAUGGAUCGUCACGAUCCUCGGCAGCUACCUGACGGCCUUAUAUAGGGUAGCAUUGAUGCCUAUUGACACUCUGAAAACCGUGAGUCAAGUGGAAGGUAGAAAAGGUUUCGACGCCGUCUUCCGGCACUCGAUUCGCAAAGGCAACGUGCGGAACCUGUAUACGGGCUCGUACGCCAUGUUCCUGGCGACGCUGAUCGGGCACUAUCCCUGGUUCGCGACGUACAACGUCCUCCAGCGGAUCGUGCCCAGACAAGAAGUCCGGGCGAUGCAAAUGUUAAGGAGUGCCGUCAUCGGCUUCACGUCGAGCAUCGUGAGCGACGUCACGUCGAACCCCAUCCGCGUCGUGAAGACGACGAAGCAGUCCUCGGCCGCCAAAACGGCGCUGAAAUUAGAGGCGCCGCGGCGGCGGCGCGACGGCGCGAACGAGGACUCCUACGUGAAUAUUGUGAUGCGCAUCGCGAGGGAGGACGGCGUCCAGGCGUUCUUCACGCGGGGCCUGUCGACGCGGAUCCUGGCGAACGGGCUGCAGUCGAUCGUGUUCUCGGUCGUCUGGCGGCUGCUGUUUGAUACGUAG